ACAGCUUGAGCCCGGGCUGCCUCCAGCUCCCCUCCCUCCAAGUCACAACCCCCAGCAUCCCCUCCCCCUGGAGCUGCUCUCAGCAGGGCAACAAGCCCUCAGGCUGCUGCCUUGAGCUCCCUCCUCCUCCCCCUCCAGCAGCAGCCGCCAUACUGCGGGGCAACCCAAACUUGUUACACACUGGCACCAACUCCUCCUCCUCCUGCUGCUGCCCCCUGUUGCAGGCGCCUCGGCAGCUGCACGCAGAGCAGCGGGAGGCGGCCCUGGGAAGCGGAGGAGUUGCAGCCUUGCAGUUUAAUUUACUUCUAAGACAAAACAGAAGAAUGUUCUCAAGAGGCAGAAUAGUUGCUGAGAAACACUGUGGAAAGUGUGAACAAUCGCUGUAUUCUGUGACCUGGAAAAUGUGUAUUACCUUGGAGAAGUAAUCUAUUGGAUGUAUAGGCUUGGGAACAUCUUUCCAACCUGUUUAUUGCAACGUUAAGUUCGGCAAUGUCUACCCUAUAACAUGCUAUUUGGAACUGGAGAUUUCUUCUGCAAAAGGAACAUUAGGUUGCAGUUAUCCUCCAACUUCCAUACAGCAAGGACUCCUAUCAUGGCUCUCUCUGGUUUGUAUGCAGCUUUGGGUUUAUUGUUUGGAGCAGCAGCAGCAGCAGCAGCAUUUGGUCCAGUACCAAGAAUCACUUGGGAACAUAGAGAAGUACAACUGGUCCAUUUUCAGGAGCCAGAAGUUUUUAACUAUUCAACUUUAUUACUAAGUGAUGGCAAAGAUGUUUUAUAUGUAGGAGCUAGAGAAGUGAUCUUUGCAUUAAAUUCAGUGAAUAUUGCUGAAAAACACCAUGAGUUGUAUUGGAAGGUCACUGAAGACAAAAAAACUAAAUGUGCGGACAAGGGCAAAUCCAAACAGACGGAGUGCCUUAACUAUGUGCGUGUCUUACAACCGCUGAAUGAUGAUGUCCUCUAUGUGUGUGGAACAAAUGCAUUUCAACCAAUCUGUGAUCAUCUGAACUUAAUGUCAUUUGAACUCCGAGGUAAAAAUGAAGAUGGUAAAGGUAGAUGUCCAUUUGACCCUGCCCAAAGCUACACAUCAGUUAUGGUUGAUGGAGAACUUUAUUCAGGAACUUCCUAUAACUUCUUGGGAAGUGAGCCUAUUAUUUCUAGAAACUCUCAUCAGAGCCCAUUGAGAACAGAAUAUGCAAUACCUUGGCUUAAUGAACCCAGUUUUGUUUUUGCUGAUGUGAUAAGAGCAGAUCGAAACAGCACUGAAGAAGACGAUGACAAAGUGUACUUCUUUUUCACCGAGAUGUCUGUGGAAUAUGAAUUUGUUGGAAAGCUGAUGAUUCCAAGAAUAAGUAGAGUGUGCAAGAGGGACCAAGGAGGAUUAAGGACUUUGCAGAAAAAAUGGACCUCCUUUCUCAAGGCCAGAUUGAUCUGUACCACACCUGAUAAGAAUUUAAUUUUCAACAUUAUCAAUGAUGUUUUUAUUCUGAAGUCUCCAAGUUUGAAGGAACCAGUGAUUUAUGGAGUUUUUACCCCACAACUGAAUAAUAUGGGGCUGUCAGCAGUGUGUGCAUACAACUUGUCUACUGUGGAAGACGUUUUCUCCAAAGGAAAGUAUAUGCAGAGUGCCACAGUAGAACAAUCUCAUACAAAGUGGGUCCGAUACAACGGAGAGAUUCCUAAACCUCGACCUGGAGCUUGUAUAAACAAGGAGGCCAGAGCAGCGAACUACAUGAGUUCUCUAAAUUUACCGGACAAAACCCUACAGUUUGUUAAAGAUCACCCUCUAAUGGAUGACUCGGUGACCCCGAUAGGGGACAGACCCAGAUUAAUAAAACGAGAUGUGAGGUAUACACAGAUCGUGGUAGACAGAGUCACAGCACUCAAUGGCAGCAUGUACGAUGUUAUGUUUGUUAGUACAGAUAAAGGAGCCCUGCACAAAGCUAUUAGCUAUGAAAAUGGAAUGCAUAUUAUUGAAGAAAUACAACUUUUCCCAAAUUUUGAGCCAGUUCAGACACUGUUGCUUUCAUCAAAAAAGGGCAAAAGGUAUCUCUAUGCAGGUUCCAAUUCUGGUGUGGUUCAAUCUCCCGUUGCAUUCUGUGACAAGUACAGCACUUGUGUUGACUGUGUUCUAGCUAGAGAUCCCUACUGUGCUUGGAAGUCACAUGAAGCCUCCUGUAUUAAUAUUCUUAAAGAAGAUGAAAUUGAAAGGGAUUGGAUUCAGAACGUAGGUGGUGAUGCCUCUUCCUGCCCUGAUAAAGUAAGAGAGAAUUCUCUGCAGCAUACAUUCAAGCAUGGGAGCACAGCAGAACUCUCAUGUUGUCAAAAAUCCAACCUGGCCCAGGUAGUUUGGAAAUUCAAAGAUGAUGUAUUGAAAGUUGAGAGCCCCAAGUAUCGUCUUCUGGAGAAAGCACUGCUCAUCUUCAAUUUAUCAGAAGGAGAUAGUGGUAUUUAUCAGUGUUUAUCAGAAGAAAAAGUGAAGAAUAAGAAAUUUUCUCAAGUGGUGGCUAAACAUGUUUUGGAACUGAAAAAAAUCCAGCCUACUACAGUGGACCCAAUUCAACCAGCAGCACAGACGGAAGCCUCAUCUUCUAUACCUUUCCCUCCUACUGGUACCUCCUUUUUGUCCUGUGUGGGAAGUGAUUCACCUCCUUCACCCACCAAUACCAUGCCUGAUGUUUGGUCUAGCACAGAGCUUGUAAUGGUCAUGUUGUUACCACCUUUCCUAAGUGACCAGGCACAGCAUGUUAGUGUCCAUGGAACCUUUCACCUCUUCUGUCAAGCCACUGGCUAAAACGAAACAGGAAAAUGAAAAGUAUUUUUAUUCAGGAUGUCAACUUAGCCACUUGUGGGGUUCCAAAGAGAGCAUUGAACUAUUGGGGUUCUUUUGUGGAAGCUGGAACUGUUUCGCUUUCCUAUGAAACAUUAGGAAUCUUCAGCUGGCAGAAUGGCCACGUUCCACUGCUGAAAAAUUACAAAAUCACCAAACUGAAGCAGUGGCUGCAACUUUGCAGGACCUUCUGAAAACAGUGUAUGCUGCUUUUACUGCUGAGCAGCACCAGUUAUCUGACAAGCUUUCUAUUAAGAGCUGUUUGCAUUCUUGCAGAGAAUAUUGGUGAUACUUUACUUAGCCAGAAGUAACCAUAAAGGAGCCAUAUUGCCUGCAGUACUACAUGCAAUAUAAAAUGUGGUGUUUUGCUACACUGAGAAGAAUAACAUGGCAUGGAUGAACAUAAGAACAGCCAUACUGGGUCAGAUAAAAGGUCCAUGUAGCCCAAUAUCCUGACUUCCGGGUGGAGAAAGAAAUGCUGUAGUUUCUAAGAACCAGGAGCCCAUGUAUAGUGCAGCCACAUAAACUACCACAUAACUGCAUUCCAGAAUCUAUAUUUUAUUUUUUAAAAAUAAAGUUGGGAAGAAAACUGUUGAAUGUGAAUUCAAUGUAAAUGAUGUCUGUCCAAGUCUGCAAACAGCAAUAGUUCUAAAAGGUAUGAACUUCUCCCACUCAUCUUAAAGUCCUAUUAACACUGAAGCCCUACUAUAAUAUACCUUAAAUGGAAAAAUUGCUAACAACGUCACUGAUGAACAUUUUAGCAGCAGUGUAGUUACAGGGGGGAGAGCUAGUUGUCAAAUUUUGCUGAGGUGAGAAGAAAAUUCCUGUCUCCCUACCACAAAAUUAAAGUCAUCUCUGCUGUCUCCAAAAGGAAAAGGGAUGCAUUUCUUCCCAUUACCUAAAGCCUAAACUGCCUGCUGGUUACAAAAGAACAAACCUCCUAUGUUAUCCCAAGUCCUAGAAGACCAAACAGUUGGGCACCCACUUGCCAAAUCUCCAGCUUCCCCUGAUAAUCUCUAUAAUGCAGUUACUCACUGUUGAUGCAGAAAUUUGCAGCACUUUGCAAACAAUGAAUUUAAUUUAAUAACAAAAAGAAUGCUGUACUCCUGUGAGGGGAAUCGGCUGAAGGGGGCCGAGUGCCACAUGAUUCUGGGUGACUCUGGGUGUUCUUGUGAAUAAUUCAGGUCCAGAACACAAAGGUUUUAGCUAUUACCAACAGAUAAUUUUGUUUAAAAAUAGUAAAGUAAGUUCAUAGGUGGGACAAUUAUAGUUCCUUCUCCUUCACUGGUCAAGCCCACCCCUCACCACCACCACGACUCUCCCUGGCACAAAAUGAUGAACUUUUCCACAAUAUUAAGAGGUGUGUUACAGCAGGCUGCUCCAGGCAAACACCAGCCCCGGAGAGCAGCAACCUAUUGAACGGGUUAUUUGUAAUUUAACUGCCAAUGAUGCUGCAUCAGAAUCUGCAACAUGCAGUCCUGCACAGCUGCAGAGUCCUAUUGUCAUCAGUAGGACUUCACAUGGAUGCUAAGAUCUGCACUUGCAAUUGCAGGAUUGUGGCCUAAGUUUGGAGAAAUUAUAUGCAUUUAUUUGUUAAAAUGUAGUAUGUUAUCAACGGUCUAACAGUGAUCUGCCAAUUUCCCCCGUUUUAAUCCUUUAUCAUUAGGAACAGUCACAAAGGGAGGGUGAAUAUAAAGAUAAAUGUAUUACUCUGUCCCAUCACUCGAGCAUGAGCUGACUAAAAUAGAUGGUUAAAAACCAAGCAGGAACAGUAUGUACAUUGGUGAUGUUUGUUGUUUAUUAAUGAGAAAACAUCUGCCUGUUUGAGGUAGAUAUAAUUUACCUUAAUGGAAUUUAAUCUUUACUUCACAGCUUCAUUGAACAUUUCUGGAGAAAGUUCAGAUAGCAAAGGAGUGAUGUGUUUCACAUUUAACGUUAUUUGUAAUGGCAGGAAGAAUCAGCUAAUGUUCUCGCUGAACAGACUCAUACAAUCAUGCCAUAAGAGCAGAGAUGGGCAAACUACAGCGGCCUGCGGGACCCUCCUGCCUGGCCCCUGAGCUCCUGGCCUGGGAGGCUAGCCCCUGGCCCCUCCCCUCACAGGAGUACAGCUGGUGCAAUGCUCUGGGCGGCAGAGCUGUGAGCUCCUGGGGCAGUGCAGCUACAGAGCCCGGCUUGACCUGUUGCUCUGUGCUGCACGGAGGUGACGGCAUGACUGGCUCCAGCCGGGCAGCACGGCUGUAGCAUCGCCAGCCACCAGUCCUCCAGGCAGUGCGGUAAGGGGGCAGGGAGCGGGGGGUUGGAUAGAGGGCAGGGGAGUUUGGGGUGGGGUGGGGGUGUGGAUAGGAGUUGGGGUGACCAGAGGGUGGGGAAC